UCACCUGUGGAGCUUCCUCCCCUGUCGGCCAACUCAGGUACUACACGUCCACCCUCUGCGGUGGGAAUCAGCAACCCACAUAGCCAAAAGACAGGUGCACCUUCCACACAAACUGGGAAUCACCAUCAACAGCACCGGUCAUCUUAAUUCUGUUGGUUGUAGCACUUGUGAAUACGUUCCCCCCCCCCCACCACCACUAUUAAAACUUUCUUUGACCUUCCCUUUUCACACCUCAGUGACCUUGAGUUUUUGCCGUUUCUUAAUCAGUACCAAUAUUCCCACACUGAUGAUUCUAGUGUCAUUCCCUUAGAUGUACUGAGCCCAUGGUGUUGACACAAUACUCCCUCAUAUUGACUCUGAUGCCUUUCCACAAAACUCACUGGGUUACACCAACCCCAGUUGUAACUAUUACUUCCUGACUCUCCCGAGCUUAGCUCUAGCCUUCUACUAUCUCAUUAUCUUAUUCCUUUUCCUUAAUUAACCAUAACAUCAGCAGUAUUCCCCUUCACUUCGACACCUUUUUAGAUCAGUGUAUAUCUUCCAUUACCCACAAAUUUGAUGUCUUGGGUUCUGUAAGACCAAACUCACUAACGAUAUUGAACAUUUAUAUAACAUCCCUAAUUAUACUAGACACUGCGUCAAUAUGUCACGACACAGUAGUGGUGUCGCACUGUAUGUUGAUAUCAAGUAUAACGCUUCUGUAAGAGAUGAUUUAAAGGCUCCGGAGGAGAUUAUGGAGAGUGUUUUCACUGAACUACGUAAUGACACGAAUCCAAGUAGGAGUAAUCUGCAGAAGACCCCACACCAAUGUAAGGAACUUUCUUGAUAAAUUAUCGGAGCUUAUCUCUAUAAUAAGUUGAGAGAGGAAACUUUGCUGCAUUACAGGAGAUUUCAACCUUGAUCUACUAAAAUCAGAGACGGGCACCUCAGUAAUAGACUUUCUUGCUAUCUGUCAUUCUAAGCUCUUCUUCAACACAAUAAUUAAACCCACCAGAGUAACUGCCACCUCUGCCACUGUGAUAUAUCAUAUGUGAACUAACAACAUUCUAACAAUCUUGCAAGUGGAAUUAUUUUAACAAUAUCUCAAAUCACUUCCCAGUUUUUGCCAUGUAUAAAACAGCCACAAGAUCUGAAAGGUCGAGUAAAGUCACAAUAAAAUACAGAGACUACUGCGCCGACAACAUGCUCCUGUUCGAAAACAACUUAAUGAAUGUUAAGCGGGAUCUUGUCUAUGCCUCCGACAACCCUAACGUGAGCUGCUGCAACUGUUCUUGCAUCUUCAAUGCUUGCUUUAAUAAAUGCUUCCCCUACAAGACUAAGUAAAAACUGUAUCUAUCUCCAAACUCUAUAUUACAAGUAAAAUCAAGACAGUGAUAAAGGAAAAACACAAACUCCAAAGAAAAUUUGCAAAAAGACCCGUAACUUUCGGUUAUGCUUACCGAAGCAUCAGAAAUAGAGUAACUUAAGCAGUUAGAAAUGCCAGACGUAGCUAUUAUACAAAUAAGCUCCAGUAUACAACAGCUACGUUCCCAGAGGUAUACAAUAGCUACGUUCCCAGAGGUAUACAACAGCUACGUUCCCAGAGGUAUACAACAGCUACGUUCCCAGAGGUAUACAACAGCUACGUCCCCAGAGGUAUACAACAGCUACGUCCCCAGAGGUAUACAACAGCUACGUUCCCAGAGGUAUACAACAGCUACGUCCCCAGAGGUAUACAACAGCUACGUUCCCAGAGGUAUACAACAGCUACGUUCCCAGAGGUAUACAACAGCUACGUCCCCAGAGGUAUACAACAGCUACGUCCCCAGAGGUAUACAACAGCUACGUUCCCAGAGGUAUACAACAGCCUGGAAGAUUAAGACGCGCACAAAACGCUUGACUGUGGUCGACGUCCUACCUGACAGGGAUUAACACCAAAAUGGACGUUUCAAGUUAAUAUUGGAUUUUGUAAGGGAAGCACGGGAACUAUCUUAACGUUUUAAGUUAGUACACGAGUGUGUGUGUGUGUGUGUGUGUGUGUGUGUGUGUAUAAUUCAUUACACACUUAGGCACGUUAACAUUAAGUGGUUUUAGCUGAGAAAUAAAAGCAUAAUAGAGUCUUACGCUCGGCCGGAAGUGAAAUUCAUAAUCAUUAUCAAUUUGUUAGCAAUUUGCUGGAGGAAAACUUGCAAUAUUCAUGCAUUAAAAGAUCUUCCUCUUUCACCCUGAAUAUUGUAUGAUAACUGCAAGAUUUUGGGCUAAUUAUACUCAUGAAGUAUUCUAAUGGGAAAUACUUGAGUAUGUUUAAUAUAUCUCUCGAGCAAGUCAAUGGAUUCACUGGCUAAGGCCAAAGUGAAUGUUCAUUGAACUUUUAAUUUGUCAUCAUUAUGUUAUUGACUUUUACCGUCAGUGUAAUUAUUGUGCUCAGAGUGACAGUUAGACGCCCGAACCUUAGAGAGUUUGAUCAGGAAACGGAAGAGAGCAAACUAGAAUAGCUCCCAAAGCUUCUGGUCCGCUGACCUUUAUCCCCUUUACUACGAUGCUAGCCUUCUGGGUCCACCGAGUGAGAUAAUUCACCCCUCCAGGACGAUGACUUACCCGUGGUGUAUGAUAUUGUACUGAGGAGGUUAAGUCCCCAUACUCUUGACUUAAUUGCUCUAAGUCACUGUUACGGGAGAAUAUAGAUUCAGGAAGUGAAUGCCAUGUAAGAAUUGUGUAGAGGGAUAAAAAUAAACUUUAAAACCAUUGAAUUCAAUCUUUAAAAGUUCCCAAAGUUUCAAGUGGGAUGGGAUAGUGUUCUGAAGACUGAACCAUUUUGUGUUCACUUUGCAGCCGCGAGAUUCUGUGUUGAUGAUAAUAUAUUAAUUGUAUUUAUUCUCUCUGUGUAUACAUGAAUUACGCGCGUCUGUGUGUGGGGGGGGGAGUUAUUUGUGUCUCUGUACGUGUAUGUAGAUAUGCCUACUUGUGUGUGUGUGUGUUGGUCUUUGUCACAAUGUGCUACGGUAAGGCACGUCCAUGUUGCCGGACCAAACGUCACAACAAGACGCUGAUAUAUUAAAGCCUCUGAAGUGUGGUCGAUCAGUCCUAAGCAAUUAACCUGUUGUAAGGUGACCAUUAUUAAUAUCUUUCAAAGCGUCAUGAAUGACAAACGAUCGUGUAAGUGGUAGUGAUUAUGUUGGCUCAGGUGUGUGCGUGUGCACGAGCGCUGGAGACACCAAGAGGAAGGUCCACGUUUCACCAGCCUUUGUCCAGCAGGACGCCGACACGUGGACUUUAUUUCACAUAAUUUUAACUAAUUUUCGACAUAAUUUACGUAAACAAGCUUUCAUCAUUCUUUUUCUCAUUUAAAUUGUAAGAGCAUUGCAUCCAAGUCUCCAAAAUUAUUUACUGUGUUGCAGCAGAAUAUUCCUCUGUAAAUUAUUCACCAAUAAUGAUGUUUUAUUUAUAUAAAAGUUGGUUAAUAAAUUAUUUUUUUUCAUUGCAAUUUAAUAACAUUAUUCUAAUUGAUUUAAGUUGGCCUUUUCAACGCGAUUUUCUCCAGUUCAACAGCCAAAGUGAAAAACGUGUCUAAAUAAGCGGAUCUGAAUUUGUAUUUUUUCCCUAAAUUUCUUGUGAAGUUUUGUCGUUUAUUUACAAAAGGCACUUGAGCUGCACUCGUUCAUACACCUGCACUAUGUAUAACAAGAGCGCCAAGGGAACAAACAACAUCGCCUGGUGUUUCCAUUACCCGAAAAUGACAAGCAUACGCCAUGACAGACGUCGAACAUUCACCCGCAAAAUACCAACAAUGUCGCCCCCUUCAUGGUACGAGUGCUAACUACUGACAAAGGUUCUUUGCAGUUGUGAUAUAUCUCCUGCAGAAGGCGAAGAACCUUGGGCAGCGAGCAUGUUGUCGAGGGUGACUAAGUGGAUCAACUCCUAUGUGGCUGUGAUCAACGGCGCUCGCAUUAUGGACCGGUUUAGGAGAGGUCAGUCAGAGUCCCACAUCACCAACACCAGCAUCACCACCAACAAAAUCCUGCCGUGCGGAGAUGGUCUUAUUGUACUUCGUCUGCAGACACAAGUUGAUGCUUAUCUGUUUAGGGAGAUGUUCCCUGUUGUGUCAGUGAACGUGAACUGGCUCCUGGUGACGAACACUUCCCGUAUGCCUCAGUGGCUCGCUUCCCUCUACCUUCCUCUCAACAGUCGGGUAACCAUCGCCUCGUUCUCUGAGGGAAACCCCGCUGCUGUGACGCUGUUGCAAGCCUACCAAGUGUCCUCCGUGUCUAGGCUGCACUUGGAUCCUUCUGGCAGCUGGUCCUUGAUUUCAGCGGUUACUACAGGAAGUGAUCCACAAAAUGAGAAAGCCUACAGUUCCUCACCUUAUAGUCACGACGAUGCAGUGUGGAGUACCUUUAAGAGUUCGCUGCCCUCUCCCGAAGACGUCGGUGUGUACACGUUAAGGUUUGGUCGUCUGGAGAUGCUUGAUGGUGAUCCAUUGUUGCGGCGUGAUGACCUAACGGGCCUCCACCUCAGAUGCACCACCAUAUCGUCAGUGCCGCGUACCAUCCUCACACCUGCCCCAGGAGGUACCGUCACCGUUAGCGGCAUCCUCGGCAACGCCUUCCACUACCUGAAAGAGAUCACCAACUUCACGUCGACCUGCAAGGCUACCCGGGACGGUCAGUGGGGCGCUAAGGUGGAUGGCAAAUGGACGGGCAUGAUCAGCGACAUUGUCAAUGGUGAUGCUGACAUCGCCCUUGCCUCCCUUGACAUCACUGAACAGCGUAGCUCCGCCGUCGACUUCCUGAUGGUGGUCGUCAGGACAGAAUACAAGAUGGUGAUAAAGCGGCCCACCAAUGACGACAGGAUGUGGAGCACCUUCACAGCGGAGUUCCAGAUGGAGGCGUGGGUGGUGUUGGCCUUGUUCCUGGUGGUGCUCUCACUCACGCUCCACCUUGCCUCUUACUCCAGACAUCAGCGCGUGUUAUCACUCGUUGACUCCAUCACCAUUGUCUUUGGUGGAAUAUGUGGCCAGGGCUCUUCAGUAGACUUCCGCGGGUUGCCGAGUCGUGCGGUGUUCCUCACGGUGAUGACCCUACAGGUGCUAAUAAUGGCUCACUACACAAGUCAACUAGUGUCCUCUAUGGCUGUGGGUCCUCCACUCCCCACCAUCUCCACUAUCGGCGACGUCAGCAGACACCCGACGCUAAAGAUGGGCCUGAUCAGGGGGUCAUCACUCACUGAGUAUUUCAGGGUGUCCAAAAGUCUAGAACAUCGCACCAUCUGGAAGUCGUUGGGAAGUGAUGACUUUGUUAACAGCCGAGAAGAAGGGAUGGAGCGGGUGUUACAGCAGCCCUUCGUCUUCCUGGCGGCCGGGGCUUACCUCAGCAACAAGUAUGGUAGAGACUGCCGCUACUUUAUCCUACCCAAGGCAAACUUCCCGUCCAUAAGCGCUUUCGCCAUUAAAAAGGCUUCUCCACUAAUACCUGUGUUAAACAAAAUAAUCUUGAGGAUGAAGACGACGGGGCUCAUGAAGAAGUGGCACUCGGAGUGGACGCCGAGUCCUGCUGAGUGUAACGAGGUGGAGUUCUCACCAGUAGAUCUGUCGGUGGUGGUCAUGGCCUUCAUAUUCCUGGGUGCCGGCGCCGCCUUCUCUGUCUUUUGUCUCAUCACAGAAAAUAUUGUAAAGAAGAUUAAAGUGAAAUAUAGCGUAACUCACUCAAACUUAAAUGUCAGUAAACUUAUGAGGAAAAGAAACUAAAUGGUUAAUAAGUUCAUGUCUGAAGGUCUUUAAAGUUAAGCUGUCUCGUGUAUGUGUUAGGUCACGACGCUUGUCUUAUACUAAGUUUACAUGUAGUAAUGGUUCUCUUGGGCAGCAGCUGUGCACAGUGGAAGCGUCUGUCAGCACACUUAACUCCGGUGUUUACCAGAUAUAAAUUUUGAUUGUGACGAGAUCAACCCUCAUAGACAACAUAUGCAUUCUUGACCCAUUUCUACCCUUAGUUGUCCUGAGGUGACUGACAAUAACCACAAUAUACACAGUAUAUCACAAGCGACGUAAAAUAGCUGCAUAUGUCCUUAGACGAUACAAAUCCCUGGAGAUUGGAAUAUAUUACACUGAAGAACUCCUCUGCCUGAACCUAGCUGCCUCUAGUCAGUGGUUCUCGGGGUCUCGGGUAGCUCAGUGGUGUUGUCAUUGGAUCACAUUCACACUACUUUGUUAUUUAGUUACUUUGAUGUAGGGAUUUAUUUGUUUAAAACAGUGUUCAUUUAUAUUUAACUUUCUA